AAUUUAUAAAAAGCUUAGUUGGAACGACCAAAUGAGCCCCCAAGGAAAUACCCCGUUGAACAUUUCUGAGAAAGGAGAGCAGCUGGUCAAAGCACGCAAGGAUGUUAUUUUGUGUGGACGGAAAAGUACCGCUCGCCCACGUAUAUUUAUCAUCAUAUUGUGGUGUUCUUUGUUCUUACUUAUUUCAGGUGUGGCAUUCAAAGUUAUAGAGCUUUCGUGUGAGCUUCAAGAACAAAGAAGGCUUUUGAAAAUAAAUACGGAACUUGUACAAAAUCUGCUUGAAGUAAAUACCAAAUAUGGAAACUCCCCGGAAAAAAUGUAUGACCACCAAGCAGACUUAAAUGAUGAUGCCAUAAACGAGAAUGAAAAAUCAUCGAUUGACGACAUCUCAUAUGACGAUGUAAUUGAAGAAAAAGAAAAUUCAGUUGAAAUAAAGAGGGUAAAACGAGGAAUAAACAGAUGCAAAAGAGACAAAAAAUGUAACAAAAAGUUGACUGUGGGACCGUGUCACUUAGAAGGAAAACAAGGACCAGAAAUCUUCAGUGAAGAUGGCCCCAGGCAAAGACCUAGAUCAAAAAAUGAUUGCAUGCUUUGGAAGGAACCAGACUUGGAACCACACAGUAUAUGUUAUAUGGAAACUAGAUAUGACAGCGGAAACAAUGGAAUUCAGUACAUACGAAUAGCAACUGAAGGAUUAUAUCAUGUGUAUAGUCAAGUAACAUAUCAUACACACGGUGUAUUUCCGGCUGGACACACUGUAGAUGUAACAACAACAGUUAAUGGCGUAGAUACGAGAAAAACUUUACUUACCAGCUCGAAUUCUUGGAAAAUAUUACGUCCUGGCAGACCAGUGCUAUCUGAAGAAUCGAGUUAUACGGCAGGUGUUUUCUAUCUCAGACCAGAUGAACUUUUGUCUGUCCAUCCAACGAGGGGUGGAAUUGUAAUCGACAUGAACGACGACAAAUCGUUUUUUGGAGUUUUUUAUCUGGGACAAUUCAGACAGUAGAACUGUUAUGCUGUUUUGGUCGGUUGUCAAGACAAAAAAAAUUAACAGGACACUUUGUCACUAACAACAUAGUUGCUAAAUAUUAUAAAGCUUACUCAUCUUAUGGGGUCGUUAUUACAAUACACAUGAAAGCUAUUAAAUCAUCUGCCUGCGUUACUUCCUGAAAUAUUUCAACCAAGUCGAAAUCGCUAUAACUUAACAGAGAUCCUAAAAAAUACCCUUGUGAUUUAUAAUUCUUAGUAUAGAUACCGUUUUUUUUUAUAUUUCAGCUUGUUUUGUUUUUUGUUAAAAAUAAUUGCGUGAGCACAACAUUCGCCUUUGUAUAUAUUUUGUACUUAUUUCUUGCUUGUGAUUUAGAAUAAAUAUAAGGUACCAAAAUAAACUUUUUGUUGGUAGAUUAAGCGUACAAGUAUACGGAACAACUGAUGAUGAACUAGGGUUACUCUUACUGCUUUCUCAAUGGCUACUGGCAUACACCUACAAAUGGCAUCAGUACUCAACUAGCCUAUUUUCUAAUUUUGAGCUGAAUGGCUGAAUGAACCCUGGUCACUAAAUAACUACCGUAGUUCUCUGUUUCGAAGACGUGCUUUAUGAAAGCAGGCGUUUUAAAAUAUAUUCUUCCCAAAUAUAAAAAAAGGUUUCGCACAAUUCGAACAGAAAUAUAUUGAACUCAUUUGAAAUAAUUUCAUUCCAUUUGGUUCCAUCAUUGAUGGUCACUUUGUUAGUAAAUUUCUCCCAAGAAAGUAUUAACGAAAAACUCUAUUGAGGCUUGAUAUUAGGCAUUGUCUAAAAGAGCUGACUUCAAACUAUGUUUUGUAUGUUCAUCCACAAAAUGAGCGUAGUAUUGUUGUCGAUUUUUCACAAUCGGGCGAUAAGGUUUUUGAGUCACAGU